GCACAGAUUCUUCCUCUCAAUCUCUCCUCGAUCCGUCGUCUCGCUCUUCCCUCGUCUCUUUUCCCAAAAGCUAGUGAUGGAGUAGGCGGAUCGGCAACAGGUGAAUCGGAAGUGAUGAGGCGGAAGAAGAUGGUGGUGUUGCUCCUUUUGUUCCUAUUUUUCGCGGUGUUUUGCUGCGUAUCUGCUGCAUCCCCAGCUAGGCUGGUAAGCGUGUUGUUCUUCAAUCUCUUUUCUGCCCUUCUGCGGCGGCUAUGGUCGGCGACGUUGGAUUCGAGGAUUGCGAUCUUGAGCCCCUCGAUUGUGAGGAUUGAGAGUGGAUACAGCAUCGAGACUGUUUUCGAUGGGAGUAAGCAUGGAAUCGAGCCGUUCUCGGUCGAAGUCACUCCGGGAGGGGAGCUUCUGGUACUGGAUUCCAAGAACAGUAACAUCUACAAGGUUUCUUUGCCCUUGUCUAAAUACAACAGGCCUAAGCUUGUUGCUGGUUCAGCUAAAGGUUGGAGCGGUCAUGUUGAUGGCAAACCAUGUGAAGCAAGGAUGAACCAUCCAACAGGGCUCACAGUCGAUAGCAAGGGUGUCACGACAAUAGCAGCAGGGCAGUCAUAUAGAGUGGGUCGUAUAACUCUGCAAAUUGAAGAUGCAAUGUUCUCUGAUGAUUUUGAGGUAGUGUAUGUCAGUAGUAGCUGCUCUCUUCUGGUGGUUGACAGAGGAAAUCAGGCAAUCAGAGAGAUCCAAUUGAAUUUAGACGAUUGUCCUGACCAGUAUGGAGCUCGGCUUUCUCUAGGAAUCGCAGUGCUGUUUGCUGCUGCUUUCUUUGGUUACAUGCUUGCAUUGUUGCAUCGGCCACGGACUGUUGUGGCAUCUCCAUCUAAUGAUCGAAAAACCAUCACAAGAUCUUCAACAAGUCCUCAUCAGCAGCCAAUCAAAUCAUCACUCAGACCACCAUUAAUCCCACCUGGAACUGAAACAGGCAGGCAGGAAGAAGAAGGGUUCUUCACCUUGCUCAAGGAGCUCAUUGCAUCUUCUGCAUCCUCUCUCACUCAAAUCUUUAGUCAAAUCUUAUCAAGUAGACGGACACUGAGUGACGACGGAACUCAACAGGAGCAAUAUGAGGAGAAUGUGCAGCCUUUGCAGGAAAGUUUUGCAGCUUAUGAUGAACCACCUCCACUGGAAAGGCAUACACACAUCCCGUACAAGACGUCUGCAUUCAUGUUGAAUAAUCCAGAGAAGCUCCAGCAACUGCGGCAUGAUACAACAUAUUUCGAUGGAUGGAGCAGAGUGCCACACUCACAGCAACAUCUGCAGAAGCGUCAACAGCAUUCUUCGGGUUCAGAAACCUACUAUGAACCAAGCUCUAAGAUGACAGAAGAGAUUGUGUUUGGUGCAGUACAGGAAUCUGGUAGUGGACCCAACAAGGUGGAGGAGUCGUCUAGGAAACAUGGUGACCCUCCACAAACUUACUGUGAACCAAUCUCUGAGAUGACAGUAGAGAUUGUGUUUGGUGCAGUACAGGAAUCGAGUUACUAUAAAGAUUGAAACAAUGAUCAAUCCAGUCUUCGACACCGUGCCAAUCGCAAUGGGGUGUCGCAAUGACUAUCAAGGUCAGUGUUCCUACAAUGUUCUCUUGAUGCUUAUUUUUAUUUUUUAUUUUUUGUUUUGGAAAUAGUCAGCUGAAUGCAAGCUGAAGUUUUAGGAUAUAUGUGAUGGCUGGAGAAGGAAACUAUAGAGAUAUUGAAACUGGAAUCAAUAACAGAUAGAUUAUUGAUUUGAAAUUUGAACAAAAUUCUCAUUAGAGUUUGAAA